CUAUAUAUUCUGUUCCUAUUUUUAGUGCAAAACUUUAUUUUGUUCAAAAAUGACAGCUACACCAUUGGCAAUGCAAUCAUUUUACAACCAGAAUAAAAACUCAGUGUCCAAUAGUCCAUUUGGAGGAGGCAGUGGACACCGGUCAUCUUCAGCUGGGAGUCCAUACUUACCUGGUUAUUUACUUGGAAACAGUACACCAGCUACAGGAAACUAUAGUAGGUCAGUCUCAAGUAGCGGAUACCAAAGAAGUAGCAGCUACAGUAAGCUGAAUUCUCGAUCACCACCACGUAACAGUCUUGUUUCACCUUAUACACCACCAACUGAGCAUCGACAACAGCGACUGUCACCACUUUCAAAUCAACAACACGCAGGUUUGAAGGGAAAACCUGGUGCUCCACCCACGGAAAGUCUUUAUGGAUCAUCCACACAAGACAUAAGUGAUCCAGAUACUCCAAUGCGAAAGCCAUUUGAUUAUUUUUCACAAACACCCAAUGAAACAUAUUUCACACCACAAAAGUCACUGGACACUGAAGCUUUGAAUACAAGUGUUUUUAGUCCAAAUAAAGAUAAAAUUCCGCAAUCGCCUGCACAGGUUGAUCCUUUUUUCACUGAAGGUUCCAACAUCACAAGUUCUGAUGUGCUUGAUCACACCGCUGUGACCGUGUUCGGUUUUCCAUCGGCAGCCUCCUCUUACAUUUUGCAACAAUUUUCACAAUAUGGUACUGUUGAAAAACACGAAAUCCACAACACUGGCAACUGGCUGCAUUUAAAAUAUCAGACGAAAAUUCAAGCUAAAAAAGCUUUGAGUAAAAACGGUAAGAUAUUUGCACGAUCUAUUAUGAUUGGUGUACUUCCAUGUGUUCGAAAAGAAAUUGCUGGAAUGGAGGCUGAGCUAGAUGUUACUGCUGAACUACAGCACACACCGAAGCAGACACUUCGCAAAUCAUCAAAUAUGCGACCAUUAUCAACGUCGAACAUGAGAAAUGUAACUUCAACAUCUGAUAUUUUUAGUAGCAAGGGAACUCCUCAAAAGAAAGACUCUGUAGUUACUAAAGCAUUAGAUUAUGUGUUCGGUUGGUGAUAAGGUAGAGGAUGUUCAGUUGCUGAUGAAAAAGACGAAACUGUUGUAAUGACAAAGAAAGAUGUCCUGCAUAAAAAAUAAUGAACUAAAAUUUGGUAAAUGUCUACCUUUUGUUUGUAAAAUUACAAGCAUUGUUUUUUAGAUUUUUCAGUUUCCUAUAAUGUCAAUUCCGUAAACAAAAUUUUUUUUUUGCAAGUUGUUAAAUAAAAAGUUGAUAAAACGACAUAAGGUUGCCACAGUUCUUGGAAAGUCCCGGAAUUAAAAAAAAAUAUCCUUAAAUGUCCUAUUUUGCAUUCAUGAGACGAAUGUCUUCAAGAUACGAAAAAAAGUAUACCUAAUGUUUUUAUCUUUUUUUUGUGUGUCAACCCUAGAAAUUAAAUCCUGCAGUAUUCUGUAUUAAGAAGGUACUGUCUAGGUUUCAAUAAAUUGCUUUCUCUAAUGAUCAGAAAUACAACGUACUUCUUGUUUAUUUUUGCUUCAACUUUAUUACUAAUGUUACAAGAAGACAAGUUAUUCUUUGGAAACUUGUAUAUUUUAAAUAUUAAAUAAACAUUUUUUUUAUUA